CGGCAAAAUUUUCGGCGCAGUCUGGCCGUGUCGUGAGUGGUAGAAAGAAAAAAAAAGUUGUACAAGAAAAAUUUAGAAUUUCUUGUGUUUUGGCAAGAAAAUUGUGGAGUUUCAGAUUGAUACCCAUAGACACUGGAGCACCCUGAGGGACGUGCCACUGUGAGCUUCCAUUCAGCUGCAUUCCCUGCCCAGCUUUUUCGUCGUUGCCGUUGUUUUUGUGUGUUGUGUCGCCACCACAAAGACGCAGUUGAUUUUUGCGUUUCGGGGCCCCCCUUGCGGUGGAAGAAGUGCUACGUCCAGGUGGUCCGGGAGGGCGAGUGUGUGUGUGCAGCACGGGAGGGCCUUGUGCGUGGGACACGGGGGCACCGUCAAUGUGAAAAGUGUGGGAAAGCAGGCUUUUGUGGCAAAAAGGAAAAGUGACAACAGCGGAACUUUUGUGACGCGACAAUGAAACUCUAGUUAUUUGGGCCCCCUUCUCAGGGGCCCCCCACAGCUGUAUUCGUGUCCAUCACAACAGCAGUUUCACACGUUCCAGAAGACAAGACAAGAGAAAGAAAAAGAAAACGAAGAAGAAGAAGACGACGAGUUAGGAAGAUUGCACCGAAGAAUGGAUCAAAUCUUCUACUCGCCCCUCAAUGGUGUUCCAUCUGAGAGCAAAUUGGCAACUUAUAUGAGUCGACAGAAUGUUGUCACAACACCAACAUAUGGAUUGACAUCGGGUUUAACGAAACUCACCCUGGAAUCGCCAAUUUCGACAAAAAAGACUCAGGUAACACCGCAAUCUCCUGAAUUCAUUCCACGCCUCAAUUCAUCACCGAGCUUCUAUUCACCGUAUUCAUCUGUGAUUGCGAAUGGGAGCUGCGGUUCCAAUGGCGGCGGCGGCGGCGCAGGGGGUGUCGUGGUGCCGCCAAUUGUGGCAAAGCCAACAUCUGUGUUAGGGGCCCCCGCGUGCCCAUCCACCGCGUACAGUGCUGUGACACCGAUCAAGGGGCGCCCCUUGAUCCGUGGUGAUUCGCCGCAAAGUACAAAUAAUGAUUCACCGCGCCUCACGCCGCAACCCUCACCACCGCCCACGACUGCAAUCCACCAGGAGAAUGUUGGUGGGACAACCUACUUCUAUCCAGCAGCUGCUGCUGCUGGGGUAACGACAACGAGUCAAGCGUGUAGCUCAUCGAGCCCUGAGAAUGGUGGACGCUAUGGGCAGCAUCACACUGCAGCAGCAGCAGCAGCCCAAAUGAGCUUGUCUUUCACGCAUCCAGGGCAUGUGUACCCAGGGCCGGCGUCCAGUGUUCUCAGUCUGCAACCGAAGACGCUCCUGUCGUCGGCAUUCUUUAUGCCGUCCGAAAUGCGAAGCAGUAUUCAGGCAAGGAAUGCCAUAAGUAAUACAUUGGAGACAGGGGGUAUGGAAUUACCCCUUGAGGUGGACAAUUAUCACGGGUUGUGCCCGUUGGAGCCAAUGGCGGUCAAUCUGAAACUCCCAGUGCCCGCGUCAUCCUACAAAGCCACUCACAGCAAUACAGGAGUUAAAUAUUUCUUGCGACGAAUUCAUGGUUUCCGUUUGCAAUCCACCAAAUGUAUGAGUGUGGUGGAAAUGUGGAAGAAACUGCAACAUUCUAACGUGGUCCAAUUGCGAGAAGUAUUCACGACAAAGGCAUUUGGAGAUCACUCUCUAGUGCUGGUUUAUGACUACCAUCCGGGUUCACAGACACUCCUCUCAAAGUAUUUUACACCAUCCGUCGAAACGAAUGGGUAUACGGACCCAUUCUCGGGCGAGGCGCGCCCCUUCAGUCACAAGAGCUCCCUCCAGAGGACCGUAAAUGGUCCCAUGUUGGCCGAAAAUGAAAUUUGGUUCAUUAUAAUGCAACUAACGGCUGGUCUCCGUGCAAUACAUCAAUCAGGAUUAGCAUGCAGAACGCUUGAUCCCACAAAAAUCAUCAUUACGGGGAGACGUGUGAGAUUUAGUUGUUUAGGCAUUUCCGAUAUUGUUUCAUUCGAUCCGAACCAAGCCAAUCAAUUAGCCGUGAUAACACACUAUCAACAGGAGGAUCUAACAUCUCUGGGUAAGUUAGUUUUAGCACUAGCCUGCCGCUGUCUCCACUCCAUACACCGCGAUCAGGUGCAGGCAAGCAUCGAAUUGGUGGCCAGAAACUAUUCAAGUGAUUUGAGAAAUUUAAUUUUGUACCUCCUGACAACGACAAAUAGGCGCGCCGUAUCGGAUUUAAUGCCAAUGAUCGGGGCACGCUUCUACAUACAACUCGACGCCCUCCAGACGCAGUGUGAUAUGCAAGACGACGAAUUGGCCAAGGAAAUGGAAAAUGGGAGACUCUAUAGGCUUCUUGUGAAGCUGGGAUGCAUCAAUGAGCGUCCAGAACUAAAUAUGGAUGUGACGUGGUCAGAAACUGGUGACCGGUACAUGUUGAAACUCUUCCGCGAUUAUUUAUUUCACUCCGUGAGUGAAGACGGGCGUCCCUGGUUGGAUCACGCGCACAUUGUCCAAUGCCUCAAUAAAUUGGAUGCUGGAACAAUGGAAAAGGUUCAACUAAUGUCCAGGGAUGAGCAAUCAGUCCUCGUGGUCACCUAUGCUGAACUGAAGCAUUGCCUCGAGCAGGCAUUUGGUGAAUUGGCCGCCAAUCUCUGAGACGGGGGGCUGCUACACGAAUAUUCCUCCGAAGAAGUUAAUUCUUUACAAUAUAUUGAAGACAUGCAGCUAAAUUUUUCAGAUCGAGAAAAGAGAGCGCGAUUUAAACUUAUGGUUAACAGAGUACUUGAAAGAUGAAGAAAAAAAGUGAAGAAGAAAAAAUAAUAGUGUUGGUAUAAUUUAUUUUUUUAAAAGAACAAUGAAAAAAAAACACACAAAAAUUAUUUAACAAAGAAAGAAAAUUUUGUGUAAGAAAAUCCAGAAGGAAACAUUUUGCAAAGAGAAUUUGUACAGAGAAAA